UCUAUGGGAUUUUUUUCCCACCAACCUCGUCAGAUUGUAAACAGUGACUUACUAAAUAUUCGAUCUCUCACCGUAAAAUUUAAAAUGUUCGAACACGAAAAUCGAAAUUGUUUCACGCCAGCUGAUAAGCAGUGUUCGAUCGGAAGAUAAAAAAAUCUAAAUUUUUCAGAACUGAUAGCUAAUUAAGAUAUGUAGUGCUGUUGAAGAGCUUUUUUUAAAGAAUCAAAUCGCGCUUAGACCGUUAGCCAUAUUUCAGAAGCCACAUGAAAUGCAAGAGGCCAGCGGUCAGAAAUAUUAGACCCGCGAGGCUGGCACCGGGCGAAAACGGGCCAGCAGAACGCGGGGAUAUAUUUCUACGCUCCCUGGACGACGUCUACCAUCGUAAAAGUUCUUUAAAAUUUCAAGAAACGGAAUCAAUUUUGUCGUUGGUGGUAAAACAGUUGAACGUGUUGAAAACUACAGUUUUGUUUACAUUGGACGGCGUUUUAGUCACCGAGGCAUGUUAUAGCCGUGGUGCAUUGACAUAAAUGAAGCUUAUCAGAUACACUUUAAAAUUUUAGAGUUAUGGAUUCGGACCAUCAGCUCCAAUCCUUGCAGUCCUUUGUGAAUGAACUGAGUGAUCAAAAUGAGAUCCUGGUUCAAACUGUUGAGGAGCUGGAGCGAGAAGCUAACGACAGAGUUGCCCUUGUGGAAAGCAAACUUCAAAAAACGACGCUGACUCUCAAGGACUACUCAGCAAGGGCAACUGAUCUGGAUCUUCAAGUUGAAAAGCUGAGCAAAGAAAAGAAAGAUUAUGUGGAAGAGAUUAAGGCUUUGAAAGAAGAGCUUAACAUAACAACCCAACAACUGGCACAAUUUGAGGCUCGUCAAGGAGACUUAGACUAUGACAUUGACAACUUGGUUAACUUGAUUGGCACUGCUAGAGCAACAGGAAAAUGGGAGGUGAGAAUUGGGUUUUGUCUGAUUCAAUUUUAUUAGGUGUGCUUUCCCUGCAUGAGUUUGAAAUCCAAGCUUUGAUCACCUUG